AUGAUUCCACCGCCACCAGAGCCGCCAAGCGUACGCACACCCGCAGUAUCAAAGUACGAAGGCGUAAUCCCCCAGCGCGACUACCGGUGGGGCGCUCAAAUCUUCUUCGAUCACCAAUGUAUAUCUGUCGGAACCUUCAGCACCGAAAUAGCCGCCGCCCGAGCUCACGACAGCGCCUCCUUAAAAUUCUACGGCGAAAACUUCAACCGUAACUUUUUAUUAACAAAGCUUACGAUUCACGAACGCCAUUUUCAGGACCACUUCAGCCGCGAAGUCAUUCUGGACAUGAUUCGGAACGGCUCCUACGAACCCAAGUUCAUCGAAUUCGUCCGCAUGUUUUACCCUGAGUUUGACGACUCUGGCUCCGUAGCAUUGCCUGAUGCCUCCGAUUCCUUCAAUGGAGUCUUUGUUAAAGAAAUGUUUCGCGUAGUGCUGACUUCGAGUGAUGUUGAGAGACCCGGAAUAUUGACUUUACCUGCAGAGCAGGCCGUGCAGUACUUUCCGCCGUUGACGUCCGAGACACAGCAUGAAUUUCUCCAAUUUUAUGAUAGGUGGCAGCGACUUUGGGUGUUUCAGUACUGUUAUUCGGGUAGUGCUGGGAGCUAUGUGUUGGCCGGGGGUUGGGAUAGUUUUUUGAUUGAUAUGCAGCUUGAAGUUAAUGAUGUCGUGGUUUUCUACCGAUGUAAGGAGUGGAGAAAUUUUCCUCCAUUGUCUACUGAUGUGAUUGAUGCUGUUCGUGGUGUUACAAGCAGAUGCGAUGUUCAGGAGGACAUUCAUGUGGAGGAGAGCACGUCAAGAGUUUGA